CUGCAGAAGGGGCGGCCCUGCGUGGGACGGGCGCCCCGCGCCUGGCCACAGAGGGGGAAGGGAGGGGGCCUCUGGCGUGCGGGGCGGUGUCGCGCAGGCCCCGCCCCUCCCGCCCGUGCCGCCCAUUGGCCCCGAGAGCGGUGACUCGCGGGCGGAGCAGGAAGGAAACCGCUCCCGAGCGCGGCGGCGGCGUCGUCUCCCGGCAGUGCAGCUGCCGCCACCGCCGCCCCUCCGUCCGUCGGCACGCCCGUCUGCCCGCAGCAUGAGCGGCCUGCGCGUCUACAGCACGUCGGUCACCGGCUCCCGCGAAAUCAAGUCACAGCAGAGCGAGGUGACCCGCAUCCUGGAUGGGAAGCGCAUCCAGUACCAACUAGUGGACAUCUCCCAGGACAACGCCCUGCGGGAUGAGAUGCGAGCCUUGGCGGGCAACCCCAAGGCCACCCCACCCCAGAUUGUCAACGGAGACCAGUACUGUGGGGACUAUGAGCUCUUCGUGGAAGCUGUGGAGCAAAACACGCUGCAGGAGUUCCUGAAGCUGGCCUGAAUCGAGCCAGCCCACGGUUCUCCCACUUGACUCCACCACCACACUCCCCUCUCCCCCGGCCAUGAAGGACCUUAUGACCAACUCCCUGUCAUUCCUAACCUUCUGACCUUGGAGUCCCUACCCCAGCCCAGGCCCCUCUCCUGCCCCCUCUAACUGUAGCUCCCUCUCCUCUAUUCAAAGGCAACAUUCCUUACUGACCAGUUGCAGAAAUUGUCUUAAGCAACAGCUCCAAAUGUUGGCUGCCCCAGCCAGGUCUUGGGGUUGCCACCCUGCCUGGCGCUGGCUGAUGGGCACCUCUGUUGGUUCCAUUAGCCAGAGCUCUGCCAAAGGCCCCACAGUCCCCCUCCCAGGAGCACCCUAGAGACAAUUAAAUGCCCUUUUCCACUGGCA